AUGCCAGCCCUAUAUGCAGCGCUAGCCCACGCGGAGACGGCCCCGCAUCAACUGGCCCGGCGUGGCUUGAGUGUCAACCACACCCAAGCCGUCACCUUAGGGGUGAUGGGUGCAUAUGUUGUAAUAAUCGCACUACUAUGGAACAUACCAUAUGUCCGUUGGGUACUCUGGCCCUUCAAGAUGUUAGUGAUUGCCUUCCAUGAGUUCGGUCACGCGAUCACUGCCUGUUGUACCGGUGGAAAAGUCAAGUCCAUCUCACUGGAUCCACAUGAAGGUGGUGUCACUCACAUGCAAGGCGGUAUGAGUGCUAUCACCCUGCCUGCUGGGUACUUGGGAUCGUCGAUUAUUGGCGCUCUAUUGAUCUUUGCUGGAUUUAAUAUUGUUGCGAGCAAGGUUGCCAGCAUCAUCCUCGGUGUCUGUUUUCUGCUUACCCUCUGGUGGGCACGGAGAGACUGGUUGACUAUCGUGACUGUUCUUCUUGCUGUCGGGUUGUUGGUGGCAUGUUGGUUCAUUGCCCAUGGUGAAGCCUUGCGCUGGGUUGUGCUAUUUAUCGGUGUCAUGUCUGCUUUGUACAGUGUCUGGGAUAUUUGCGACGAUCUGAUCCUUCGCAAAGUAAACAGCUCUGAUGCCAGCGUCUUUGCGAAGAGGUACGGUGGAUCUUCCCAGUGCUGGGGAGUUAUCUGGUCUCUCAUCUCUCUUGCUGUUAUGGCUAUUGGCAUCAUUGGUGGGAUCGCUGCAUUCCCUGAGUCAUUCAGCCAACAGCAGGACGAUUCCAAGAACUUUAUCCCCACUCGCUGA